GUUCAUUACCUCACUUUGUCUAAACAGGAACGAUGAUCACACUCUUUGUCGCUCUUUACUCUCUGCUUUGUCUCUUCACAGCUGUAAAAACUUCUGACAUCAAAGAGCUUCACGUGAAAACAGUAAAGCGUGGAGAAAAUGUAACUAUGGAGUGUAACUUUAACAUCAAAAACAAAGAUAAUUUAGUUUGGUACAGACAGAGUUUUGGAAAAUUGCCUCAGUUUUUAGCAAGACCAUACAGGAACACUUUGGGCUACAAAUUUGAUGAGGGAUUUAAAGAUAGCCGCUUCAGUAUUACUGUAAAUGACCAUAAGUUUGAUCUCAACAUUAAUGAAGCGAUAGACGAUGAUGACGAUUCGGAGGGAAGUGCACUAGAGUUCACAUCUGGAACACGUCUGCAAUUUGAAGGUAAAGAGAUGAAACCCCAUCCUACACUUGGAACGGUUAACAAGAACACAGACUCUGUUACACUCCAGGGUUCAGACAGCAGCGAUGGAAAAGGUUACAGUUGUACUGAUCAGAUGCAUGUGCUGUUCUCGCUCUCCAUUGUUAGAGUUCUUGCCUUCAUGAUUAUUGUCUUUCCAAUAAUCCUCCUUGUUUUCAAAUUAAGAUCAAAUUAUAAAUUCAAAUACAAAUGGAAUAAAUGCUGAUUUAAGAAAAUAAUGUGUUAGAUUUAACUAGAGCUAAUUGCUUAUAUUGGCUGUAUACUGGAAUGAUUUUGGUCUAACUGUAAUGUGGAGGUAUUUACCAGCUGUACUUAAAGCUGCAUUUAAGAGCUCCUGAGUGGCGCAGUAGAAAAUCGUUCUCCCUAUCAUCUCGAGCUCUAAUCCCAACGAUGCCACAACUAUCUGUGGCUUGGAGUCCAAGAAAGCAUAAUUGGCCAUGCUCUCGUGGAGGGAGGGACAUACUCUCUCUCCCCUGUCAAUCACAUCAUCACUAUCCAAUCAUGGGCAUCUGUGAGUGUGUUAUUCUGCACCCUGAUGUUGCAUGAGCAGCACUUCAAAAAGAUGCAGCUGGCUGGCUUCACAUGUCUCAGAGAUAGCACAUGAUAGCCUUCACCCUGCCUGGUUGGUAGCUGUUGUGUGAUAGGGGAGACCUAACUGGAGGGAGGGAAUUGCUCAUGAACAAAUUAGAGAGGAAGUCAUGAAAAAAAAAACUGCAUUUAAUAAAAUAAAAUCUAAAGUGAAUAUACAAUGCAGUAGUCCUCUUUAUUUAUAUGAUUUUUUUAUAACUUCAAAGAUAACAUCAUAUUUUUCACAUCACAACAUGCACAUGUUUGUGAGCCCAGGGAGGUGUAUUAGACAUAUCACAUACAAAUUAACAAAAUGA